GAUUACUCACCAUUUUUAUAAAUUAAUGGAAACGAAAAAUCACCACAAAACACGACGAGGCAAAUUCUGGCUGCCUCGGGCCGUCAAAAGAAAGAGAGAGAGCGCAAGCAUCUUUUUAAUGGUGACUUUCUGCCAGCACUUUUAAAAGAAGAACACGUGUCAGAAAACGUCAGUUUUUGACAGAUUUUUAACCUCACUUUUUGACUAUAUUUUUAAAAGCGAAUAGUGAAGAGAAAAGUAAUUGUUCCUAUAAAAUAUAAUAAUUUGCUUGUUGUUUUAACAACAAUGGCAGAUCUACCAGGAUUUGCAGACCCACAGGGCGAUGCAGAUAACGAUGACAAGGACGAAGAAUUCGUACAGAGAAAAUCCGAAAAAAGAUCAGGUGGAUUUCAAUCUAUGGAUCUAAACUUUAAUAUAUUAAAAGGAAUAACGAAAAGAGGAUAUAAACAGCCCACUCCUAUCCAGAGAAAAACGAUUCCUUUAAUUCUGGAAGGCAGAGAUGUCGUUGCUAUGGCCAGAACUGGUAGUGGAAAAACUGCUGCAUUUUUAAUACCCAUGUUCGAAAAAUUGAAAGCCAGAAGCGCGAAAGCUGGUGCUAGAGCUCUUAUUUUAUCUCCAACAAGAGAAUUAGCUCUCCAAACAUUUAAAUUCAUAAAGGAGCUUGGUAGAUUUGCUGACUUAAAACCAGCGGUUAUUCUUGGUGGUGAUUCUAUGGAGGACCAGUUCUCGGCUAUUCAUGGAAAUCCAGACGUUAUUGUAGCAACUCCAGGUCGAUUUUUGCAUGUCUGUAUUGAGAUGGAACUGAAACUUAACAGCAUAGAAUAUGUGGUGUUUGAUGAGGCAGAUAGGCUUUUUGAAAUGGGUUUAAGUGAACAGUUGAGUGAAAUUGUUGGUAGAUUGCCUGAUUCACGUCAAACUCUCCUGUUUUCUGCCACAUUGCCAAAGGUACUGGUUGAAUUUGCCAAAGCUGGUCUGAGUGAUCCGGUAUUAUUGAGAUUAGAUGUAGAAUCCAAACUGCCUGAACAACUGAAAUUGGAAUUUAUCAUAGUUAGACCUGAAGAAAAACUAGCAACUUUGAUAGUUUUGUUGAAAACAGUUAUAAACUCUAAGCAGCAAACUGUGGUUUUUGCAGCUACAAAACAUCAUGUGGAAUACUUGCAUAUGGUUUUGGAUCAGCUGGGAAUUUCAAACACUUACAUCUAUUCAGACCUUGACCCAUCAGCUAGAAAAAUAAAUUCAGCCAAAUUUAGUACAGGAAAAGUGAAGGUGCUUGUUGUAACCGAUGUAGCAGCUAGAGGAAUUGAUAUUCCUCAACUAGAUAAUGUGAUAAAUUACAAUUUUCCAGCCAAAUCCAAACUGUUUGUUCAUAGAGUUGGGAGAUGUGCAAGAGCUGGCAGGUCAGGAACAGCAUAUUCCCUAGUUUCUCCAGACGAACAAGCAUAUUUAUUGGACUUACAUUUAUUCUUGGGACGUCCAAUGUCGAUAACAACCCAAACUAAUGAAGGUACUAUAGGAAGAGCACCACAAGACCUUGUCGAAGAUCAGUUAAGUUCUCUGCUAGUGCUACACGACAAUCACAUUGAUUUAGAAAGCAUGUUGAAAGUUACUGAAAACGCUUAUAAGCAUUAUAUUAGGUCUAGACCAGGGGCUUCAGCUGAUAGUAACAGAAGAAUCAAAGAACUGGCUUUGAAUGUAUGCAGUUUGCAUCCGGUAUUUAAGAAUAGUGAGCAAAGUAAAUUGAUGGAAAGAGAAAAUUUGUUGGAUCAAAUGAAGAGUUAUCGUCCCCACGGGACUAUUUUCGAGAUUUGUGGAAAAAAUAAGUCACAAGAAUACAUGACCAUGAAAGAAAAACGAGCUUUUCACAAAGAAAAAAUAGAAAACCAUAAGAAAAUCAUGGCUGAAAAAUUGCUGGAUAAUAUUAGUUUACAUAAACCAGUGGUGGCGUUAGAUAGCAGUACUAAUGAAGAAAUAGAGGGAACGUUUAAUGAUAUUAUAGUACCGAAAAAACGAAAAAUGGAUGUUUUAUAUAACAAAAAAAUUAAGAAACAGAAAACUGGUAGUGAUGUGUUUAUUCCGUAUGCUCCUGAUGACCAACAUACAGAAGAAGGGUUAUUAGUAAAUAAUUUCCAAAACGAAGCUAGCAAAGUUCAGUUUGAUAUAACUGGUGACUCUGAAAAAGCUAUGAAACUGAAUAGCUCCAUGAAAAAAUGGGACAGGAAGAAAAAGAAGAUGGUUACUGUUGAGAACCCUAGAAAAGGAAAAAUAAAAACAGAGUCAGGAAUAUGGAUACCUGCAACAUAUAAAAGUAACAGAUACGUCCAAUGGAAGGAAAGAACUAAAAUUGAUACAGAAAAUGCAGAUGAUGAAAAUGACGAAGAUAACACACCUCAAAAAAUUAAUAAAUCAAGACCGUUCACUCACUGGGCCAGGCACAACGAAAAAAUGAAAGAAAAACAAAAACAAUCGGACAUGAAGAGCACACAACAAAUACUAAAAGCCAGAGAAAUAGCCCAAAGAAAGAAAUUUAGACAGAAAAAACGAGGAUCUAAAAAUAAAGGAAAGGGUAGCAAGGGCAAUAAUAGGAGAAGGAAAUAAAGAAAACUAAAUAAAGGUACAUUAUUAUUAAUGUUUAUUUUUUUUAAAUUCUAAAAAAACAUAUACCUACCC